CAUGGCGCCCAGAUGAAAAAGCUCACCGAAAGUACAGUAUGUCUAUCUUGUAAGAUAGCAUUUCAUGCCAUUUAUAUUGGCAUUUGUUAAAACAGAGUUGGAAUUAAUUUGAAAGACACUUGAUAGAGUACAGACAAUGGCUGCAUGGGCUGGAUUUUCAGAGGAAGAGCUGCUAAGAAUGCAGCAGAACGGCGAGAGCACGAUCCAGACUGUCCCUGUCACGUUGGGUCGUGGCCGGAGGCCCGCUCCAACUAACCGGAGUAGGCUGCAGCUACAGCGGGAGAGGGCUCUACAUCUGGCAGCCCAUCAGAAGGUGGACAGCGGCCGUCUGCCACCAGAGCAACAGCUUAGCAAACCCCCAGACCCACCUGCUGUCAGUCACCCUGCUGCUCUCAAAUCACAAGAGGAACCUAAGCUGUUGGAGUCAGAACUGUUUAAGCAUGAAUCAGAAUUUGUCAAGCAUGAUCCAGAACCAUCUGCAGAGGCAAUGCCAACAGUGAUCCUCAAAGAGCUGGACAAACAGGAAGUGGAAUUUCGGGAGAAGAACCGUCUGCAGCAGUUGCAGUGGGAACAACGGAUAAUGGAAGAGAAGAAUAAAAGGAAAAAAGCUCUCCUUACAAAGACAAUUGCUGAAAAGUCCAAACAGACACAGGCUGAAGCUGUGAAACUGAAAAAGAUCCAGAGAGAACUUCAAGCACUAGACGAUUCUGUGUCCAGUGACAUUGGGGUUCUAAGAAAACUGAUAGAAAAAGCCAGCAUUGAUUAUUCCUUAGCUUGGAAGCGCCUUGAAAAGGCAGAGGUCGAGUAUGUUGCUGCUAAACUGGACUUGCACAGGAAGACAGAGUUGAAAGAGCAGCUCACAGAGCACCUAUGUGCAAUCAUCCAGCAGAACGAGCUACGCAAGGCUUGCAAACUGGAAGAGUUGAUGAUUCAGCUGGAGCUUAGUGAUGAUGAAGUCCCCAUGCCAGAGGUCGCAGAACAAGAGGACAAGCAGAGGGAGGGCAACCCACAGCCUAUUACUGAAAAUGGUCCUGCAGCAGGCAUUGAGGGGUGUACAGAUGUGGAUAGCUCAAAUAUGAACAAAGACAGUUCCAUUACAGAACCAAAGAUCUGUCAAGAUAAUCAGGAGAGCAGAGUAACAGAUGUUUCUGCAGAUGUGGCCAGAUGAUGGUUUAUGUAUUUGCUGACUAGAUUAAAACAUUUCUUCAUUGUGAAAAUGUUAAUGUUGACCAAACCAAAAGUCCUGCGUUUCAAAUUGAAAUGUCGUGAAAGGACAUGGGACAUCCUGGUGUCAGUCUGACAUGGGUGUGUCAGUAUUAAAUUUUGACAUGUCAUGCGGGUGAUUCCUUUACUAGAAACGCUAAAAUUACUUUUACCUUACUAUUAUAGGCCUCAGAUUUUGAUGAUGAUCUUUCAAGCAUAGGAGAACAAAGCUAUCGUAGAUACUGUUUCUUGCAAUGACUCUAAAUGUAGGUUGUUAAAACAAUGCUGUGCCACUCUAUAUUAUUUAACCAUUGUCCAUUUGGUUGUCAUUGUAUAUUUUGAUCUCUAUCUUCCAAUAAGAGAAUGAGAUUUUCCCUUUGAAAACUUUGUCUUAAAACACUAUAAAUACAUCAUUCCAUAACGGUGACAACUGUGACUGAUUUCAUUUAUCAAAAUGGAAUCGUGGCAAAUUGUCUUGUGGGUUUUACAGUUGUAAUUUAUGUCACCCGAUGUUGCACAAGAAUAGUGAAAAAUUUAUCUGUACAUGGCAGUCGUCUAAAAGAUAACUUUUAAGCCAAUGUUAACAAAUCAAUAACAGCGGUUUUUAUCAUACAAAGCAGGCAGUUUGCUUAGCAGAGAUGAGAACAUUUGUUUGUGUACUGGGAAAAAUACUUUUGUGGUAUGUGGGAGGGAUAUACAUUAUGCUAUGUGCAUAUGCAAUACAAUUGUUUAAUGAUUUUUCUAAAGUACAUACACUGAAUAUUGUUUAUUUAUAUUGAAUAUAGUUUAUACUUUUUAAUAAACUUAGAAAAGCCAUGGUUCCUUUUCA